UGUCCGCCUGUCGCUCUUUCUCCGACCUUUUCUCAUCGACCCUCCCUUCGGCCCUUCCCUCCCAAUUCCUUUCGAACUCUCCCUCGAUUCCGAAACCCUAGAAUCCUAAUCCAAAGAAGGAGCGAAUUCGAUCGAAGGAAAGCCCUAACACGCCAAUGGCGGAGACCUCAUCCUCCGCUUCCCCUCAAAAACCCCUUCAACCCCCUCCCAGUGGCGGGGACCCGGUCCCCACCCCCAAUUCCCAAAACCCUAGCCUCACCCCUCCGCAGAUCCCCCCUUCUCCUACUAUUAGCGAUCUAUCGCAGAUAUCGUCGCCCCAAAUUCCCCAAUCUCAGCCGCAAAUCGAUGGAUCGGGAACCCUAGAUUACUCCAUGAAGCAGCAGCAGCAACAACAGCAGCAGCAGCAGCAGAAUCUCAUGGCGGCAUCGUCGGGGUUCCAGAUGAAUCAGAUUCAGCAGGGGCUUCAGAGGUCGGGGUCGAUGCCGCGGCUGACCCAGAUUCAGCAGCAGUACGCGGCCGCGGCGGGCGCGGUGCGACAGCAGGCUGGGAUGUAUGGAGGGCAGAUGAGCUUCGGCGGGGCUCAAAUUCAGCAGCAGCAGCAGCAGAUGGCUGGCGGAAUGUCGCGGGCAGGGAUGAUCGGGCAGGUCGGGCAGCUUCCGAUGCUGCCUGGGCAGACUGCGGCGCACUUUGGACUCCAGUCUCAGAUGAUCGCUCAGCAGCAGCCAAGACAGAAGGGUUUAGCACCAGGUGCGCAGUUCAAUCCAGCAAAUUCGGGGCAGGCAUUGCAAGGAAUGCAAACAAUGGGGGUCAUGAAUACACUUGGAUUGAACCCGCAGAUAAGAGCAAGCGGUCCUCUCGCAUAUGGUCAACAACAGCGGUUCAACCAGGGGCAAAUGAGACCUCAGCAGAUAGCAGCAGCUCUUACAUCUCCCCAGAAGCUACCAGGUCAAAGCUUACCAAGAACGCCAUCACUUGCGGCAAUGAACUCGCAGUUAUCCGGCUUAUCUCAAAAUGGACAAUCUGCACUCGUGCAAACAGCUCUCACUCAGCAGCAGCAGCAGCAAUGGCUAAAGCAGCAGAUGCAGCCAUCAAUGGGUGGGCCUGUUUCUCCCUCAUAUCACCUUCAGCAGCAGCAGCAGCAGCAGCAGCAGCAGCGUCAGCAGCAGAGCUUCUUGACCCAACAGAUGUCUUCAGGUCAGCUGCAGCGACUGACCCAACAGCAGAUUUCUCAACUUAUACAGCAGCAGCAGCAGCAGCAGAAUAUGCUUCAGCAGCAGCCUCAACAGCAGCAGCUGCAACAGCUGCAGCAACAACAACAAUCUCCAAGGAUGCCAUCAGCAACAACACCAGUUACAGCAACAACUGCAGUAGCCAUGACUGCUGGGAGUUCGAGUCAACCAGGAGAAGUAACUAGUCAAUUCCUCGGCAAAAGAAAGAUACAAGAUUUGGUUUCUCAGGUGGAUCCUCUAAGUAAGCUUGAUCCUGUAGUUGAAGACCUACUUUUGGAGAUGGCUGAUGACUUCAUUGACUCGGUUACCACAUUUGCAUGCCAUCUUGCAAAGCAUCGGAAAUCUUCUACUUUGGAAACCAAGGAUGUAUUACUACACCUAGAGAAAAAUUGGCAUUUGACUAUUCCUGGUUUCUCGAGGGACAGAAAGAAUUACCAGAGAAAUUCUAUACCGGCUGAUGUACAAAAGAAACAGAUGGAAACGAUAAGAGCCCUUAUGGAGUCCCAGCAAUUGGAAAGAGAUCCCAAUAGUAUUAAAGGUGUAAAUAAGCAGGUUGCAAGUGAUCCAGCCGGUGAUCAUCCAAUAAGAGCUUCCCCGAGUUCCGAGCAGUUGUCUAGGCCUCCAAUUGGCCCCCAAAUGUUGCACAAAGUGCACCAGAUGUAGUUGUUUUCUUCCACAUCUUUGUUCCUCCAAUUCCUAGGCUAUUCAAAAGCCUAGCCCAAUCUGUUGUAUUUGUGUACAAGAGCAUGUUUUUGCUAUAUCACACGGAAAGGCCAGUCACCUAUAGUUAUGUUGAUUCAGCUUUUGCGCUAUUCCUGCAGAAGCAUCAAGUGGAAAAUCCUUGGUCUUUUGCCCAUUUAUCAGGGGACACUGGUUGCAGAUGUUUGUUAAAUGCCUUUGUAUUUUUUUUUUUUUUUCCUGUUUCUUUUGUAUUUUUUGUCUUGGCAGUGUUGAGGUAGUGUCCCUAGUGCAAUUCUAGAUGUUCAUAAAUAAAUAUUAGGAAAGAAAGGUCAUUUAGUAUAGGAGUUUCUUCUCUUUUCAUUUAGUGUAGUUGUGCACAAGGAUGGUACUGGCAAUUGGUAAUAUCAUUCAGUUAUGAGAUCUUCUCUUCUUCCCGUUAAA